AUUUAACGGCGGGGGAGGCGAGCUGGUCAGCUCAGUCUGGGCACGGGCUCGGGGCGGCACGGAGGAGGUCCAGGACGGGCAGCACUGGGGCAUCACCUGAGGCGGAGAGAUGAAAGCACCCUACUCGCUGUCCUGCCUCUUCCUCCUGAGUCUGGGGGCCUGCUUCCCUCCCAGCGAGCUGCAGGAGCAGGGAGACCCCGGGGAAGGGACCCCGCUCAAGCCCAGCUGGCAAGCGGCGUUUGAGGACUUGGGUGCCGGCUGGAGGGCAGGAGCAAAGCGGAGGCAAAGCGAGGAGCCGAGCACACUGCUGGGCAUCGUCCGGGAGCUGCGGGGCUAUGGCAAGGAGGGGACCGGGCAGCAGCCGGGCAGGCGAGGGGGCUCUGAGCUGCUGCCGGCGGGAGGGGAGAAGCGCAGCGGCACGCUGGGGAACCUGGCCGAGGAGCUCAAUGGCUACAACAGGAAAAAAGGGGGCUUCACAUUCCGCUUUGGGAGAUGAGGGCCCAGACUCGACCCCCCAACUCCUGCGGGUCACCCCGUCCCGUCCUUCCCUUCCAUCGCACCUAGGUUUGCUCGGACAAAAGGGUAUCGGGGGGGUUCGCUGCUGGGAUCGCCUUGGGGAGGGGGGACACCGCGUUUGCUCCGCUUGCAGCCCUGCUCCAGAUCUCACGUCCCCGUUUCCAGCCGGUGCGAUGGAAGAAGAGGAGGGUGCCUUAAAAAGAAGCCACCGUGUCCCUUCCCCGGUCACGCGUGGCCUUUGCUGGGGCACAGGGAAAGGGCCCUGCGCUGGGUGUCCAGCACCGCAGUGCAGGCGGAGAGCAGGGAUGCCACAGCAGGACAGGCAGAGCUGGCAAGGCCAGGAGUCGAGGCUGGAGGCAGGUGGGCUGAAGGGUUACAGCGGGAUAGUCCUGGUGGUGACAGUCCCCCGGGGCUUGCCUGUAGCUGCCAGCCAGGGCAGGGCUGUCGGGGAGGAGCAGGUCCCUCAGAGCUCUCCGCAGAGUCACAGAGCUGCUGCUCUCCUGCCUAUUAAGGAAAAGUCCCUCCGGCAGCAAAUUCUGCUUAGUGUCAAGAUGCCACUUACAAGAGCCGGCUCCUGCGUGCAAACCAGGCCAGAGCAGCAGGGUUCGAGAAAAUUUUGUCCUUAGAAAUCCCUGGCGUGAGCACGGAAACCUGCCCUGGCAUCACCAGUGCUGCUGCAGCCCCACCGCCCCGCUCACACCCCGACCUCAGGUGCUGUCGUAGUCCUCGCCAGGGUGAGAUGGCGACGACCGACCUUCAGCGUCCUCGUCACAUCCCCCCAGCACUUGCCUGAAAGCCUGCCCCUUCCUAACCCCCA